CACUGAACAAUGGCUUGUUUCUGUGCCAAAAGUUGACUCUAUGAAGACCAUUUCGUUGAUGUUCAGAUUAUGGCGAGUUUAGCUGAUGUGUUUAAGGAGAAGGAACGGUCGAACUGGCUUAAGGCAUGGCUAGCAAUAGACAUUGCGAAGUCUGGCUUGGAGCACUUAGCUGACAACGAGGCUCAGACUUUUCACCAGCACAUUUACAGCCAAGUAACAUCUACUCUUAAGUCACAAUCAGCUACUUGCACCAGCUGUAACACAACCCAUUUACUGCGAAACCAACAAUGUCCAAACCGGAUUUGUGAUAAAGUUUGCCAGGAAAUUAACAAGGAACAUCGGUACAAAAAAUGUUCUUGGAAUAAUACAUCUGCGCCAUUAUGGCAAACGCACUAUUGGGAAAUAGCGAAAUGUUACAUCCAAACAGAUGGAUAUGCUGACAAGAUAUCGAUUCAAGAUACAGACUUCAACGGCGUCGUCAGUUUUAUGCUGAACUGCACACGCUUUGAUAGCAAAUUUUCUUUCCCAAUAACAAAGGGAAAGCCAACCCUAAACAAGCCUGCAUGCCUCCUGUAUAAGGCUCGUGAAGUCCAUAAAGCUGUGCGGCACUCUUCACAAAUGGAAGUUACUGAUGUCGAUCUUCAAGACUAUUUCACAACAUUGAACAACCUGCUGAAAGAUUCAAGCCAUCUCAGUCAAGAUAACGUUGCCAAAAAUGCUGUGGUGAAAUUAGCGCAGUUGGAAAAAGACACAUUACUUUUGACUACAACAGAGAUGAUGUGUUUCCUGGAUGCUGUUGGAACAACUUUGAAACAACACUUGAAUUAUAUUGCAAAAGACGUUGUUGAUACAUCAGUGAAUGACCUUAGAGUAAACACAGAAUUGUGUAUUGAUAACAUUAAAGAUUUUAUGAGCAAUUGUAAGCAAGAGCUCGCAAAACAGGCAAAUAUAAAUAAACAGGAUAUCGAUGAACACGUCGACAGUAAAAAACAAGGCAUAGAUGAUCACACCGGAAGACUCAAGCAGGGCAUGGAUGAACACGCUGAUAGACACAAACAGGGCCUGGAUGAACACGCUGAUAGACACAAACAGGGCAUGGAUGAACACGCUGAUAGACAGAAACAGGACAUGGAUAAACACGCUGGUAGACACAAACAGAGCAUCGAUGAACACGCUGAUAGACACAAACAGGGCAUAGAUGAACACGCCAGUAGGCACAAACAGUGCUUAGAUAAACAAGCAGAAAAAUGCAUUAAGGACAUACAAGAACAGUUUGGAAAUACAACUUUCACUGAAACAACGUAUAAACAGUCCUGUGAAGACAUGCUUGGAGAUUUGACGAAGUAUUACAGGAAACGUUUCUCUCAUAUAAAUAUCUUCCCAUUGGAUGACUGGGCUGAGGAAAAGUUACUUGAUAUUUAUCUGCCGCCGAAUAUACAACUUAUGGCUAAGGAAAAAGGGUAUUUCAAGAAAACUGGUGAACACAUUUUGAAAUACGAAAAUAUUUUCUUAUCGGAUACCGAACCGAACCAACAGAUAUUUAUUCAAGGGGAAGCAGGUUAUGGGAAAUCAACUUUUCUUGCAAAAUUGGUAAUGGACUGGUGUACUAUAACAUCAGAACAAUCGGCCGAGAUGACGCUGCCAAUUGACGACAAGACCACUAGAUUCAGCUCUCAUACACAUAUGAGAUACUCUAAUGUCUUUGACGAUUUAACGUCUCUGAAAGACUUUACAUAUGUCUUCCAUGUAACAUUAAGGGAAUCAGUUGGUCAGUUUGAAAUCGAAAAAAUGAUACAAACACAGAUAGUUGACAGUAUAUACUCAUCUGAAAAAGAUCGCGGAAAGGCAUACAUACUACUAAAUGAGAUCAUGAAACAUGAACGUUGCUUGGUAUUAUUGGAUGGUCUAGAUGAAUGGACCGGCACAGGAGAUCAUCACAACCUGCCAACACUGGCCGAAGUACACAGUCUUUGCGUUUUGUUGAUAACUACUCGACCUUGGAAGAUGACAGAAGCAAAAGUACUUGACUCGCAGAUUUGCAAACUGCUGCAACUUGAUGGAGUCAACAAAGUGUUUGAGGUGAGCAGAAAAAUCCUGGGGUGUAUAAAAGAGUUUAAGGGUAGCCAAGAUUUAGACAAAAAACAAUCUGAAUUUGAAUCGUAUGUACGGAAAUGCGGCUUGUUAAAGCAUUUGUACUCCCCAAUGAUGUUGUGUUUGAUUGUACACUCGUGGACCAAAGGAACUGAAUUGAAAGGCUCCAUUUGUGAAAAAUACAGCCUCUUGCUGGAAUGUCUUUUUAAGAAGGCGAAUAUUGAAACGAGUGAAUUUCAAGAGCCGCCUUAUCGAUGUUUCACAGAGACCCAAAACAUACAACCCAAUAUUGAACACUUGAAUAGACUUGCUGAAGCGGCAUUUUAUUUGUUGUUUUCAGAUACACAGGAAAAAGCUCUGGUAUUCACCAUUACGGAACUAAAGAAAUUCAAUUUAGGUCAACUUGAUCAAGAGAACUUUUCACUGAAGUCCGGUAUUAUAUCAGUGACGCGCAAGGCAUCUGCAUUAAGAUCUUCUUCAUCAUUUUCAUUUAUUCAUAAGAGCAUUCAGGAAUUCUUGGCUGCUUAUCAUAUUGCAUGCAAUACCAAUGUGAUUGAUGACGUCAUUUCCGGAUACCUCAACCGUCACAAGGAUGCAUAUCUUGACAUAUCUCAGGUGUUCAUCUUCCUCUGCGGACUGAACAUUUCGGCUUCAAAUAAGCUUUCUGGCAUGAUGGAUGAACUCGAGGUUGGUUGUUUUCACUUUGAGCGACCUACAAUUCGCUCUGAGCUAGUGAAAGUCAUACUAGCAGGAUACAGAGAAGCUGUUGCCAAUCAGCAAAAGGAUAUUGUCCUCAAACACAGCUUGUACUAUUUUAACUUUUAUAACGACAACCGAGACCUGCACAGCAUAUGGACUAAUAACAAGUCCGAUGUCCUGUACAUGGGUAUAUAUGUUCCUGACAGACAGAUUUCACGAACAGGAGGCGAGUCUGCGUCUCAUAUUGAGUUUGACCUGUCAUCGUGCAACAAGCUGAAAUCAUUGAAACUAAAUGGAAAAGGCAUUUUGCUUAGUGAAUUUGCAAGUACGUCAACGGCAGAAUAUCUGGUCGGGAUUGUUCUAAAAAGUGCAGAUCAAUUCCAGUGUGCAGAUCCUCCUCCAUUACUACCCUCUAUAGAAUACAUUAGAUUGUGCAAUGUCACAUGUUCCUAUACCUGUUUACGCUGUCUAUUCUGCACGCUGCUGACUCUCGAUCACGCGUUGACGUUUGACCUGCAAUCGAUCUAUAUUAAAUGUGCUGAGGCAGCAAAAAGAGAAAUAAGGGCAAUUAUACAUAAAGAUGUAAACAAUUCCUCCAGUGUAGAAACCGAAAAUGAUAAUCCCUAUCUGUUUAAGGCUCUUCAUGGUCUGAAUGUCAAAAGUCUGAGUCUGAGUAUUAUGCAGGGUGGUUUGAACGUGGCUCGUGAAGAAUCGCUGUCGCAGUCACUAUCAUCGCUCACACAGCUGGAAACGCUUAGUAUUAAAGUGUGGUAUGACAGUCCCGGACUGUGGAAGGCUCUGCAUGGUCUGAAUAUCAAGAGUCUGAGUCUGAGUCUGCAUGCUGAGUUGGGAGGUUUGACCGUGGCUCAUGAAGAAUCGCUGUCGCAGUCACUAUCAUCGCUCACACAGCUUGAAACGUUCCGUAUAGAAGUGAAUUAUGACAGUCCUGGAUUGUGGAAGGCUCUGCAUGGUCUGAAUGUCAAGAGUCUGAUUCUGAUUGAUACGUGGAGUAUUGAAGUGCGGUAUGACAGUCCCUCUUGGUGGAAGGCUCUGCAUGGUCUGGAUAUCAAGAGUCUGAGUCUGAUAGUUUCGUGGGGAGGUUUUAACGUGGAUCAUGACGAGUCGCUGUCGAAGUCACGAGCAUCACUCACACAACUGGAAACAGGUACACUGUAUGUGAAGGAAUAUAAACAGAUAGAGCGAAAUCAAUCAUUGAAGUAUUUAUAUAUAUAUUGUACUGAUUUGCUUCCAUCCGAAGUUCUUAAACUGGUGGACACACUGCCUACAUGUGCACAUAAAGUUGGAAGUAAUCUGAAAUUUUGUUGUUCUUUAGAGAUCUUAAUUGUCAAAAACAUCCCACUUGAGAUAUACACUGUCAUCCAACAGGAACUACAGACACGGAAGAAUUUUACUGUGGAGCGAUUCCAAAUAUCAGACAGGAAACUUGAAACCAAUUUUGUUAUACAAUGCGAAUAAUUCAACGUUUUGUCUCAAUUAACAAUGACUAGAAUCGUGCUUAGCCGUUUUAGAUAUCACAUAUGUUUAUCAACUAUGUAUUUAUGAAUUGUAUAUAAUGUAUUUGUUGUCGUUUUUUACCAUAAUAAGGCGUGAUAUUGAUGAAUCUGUUUUACUGCAACACAUCUUCACUAUUAAAGCAAAUCAAUUUUUUA